CCAGCCGCUGCCACCGCUGCCGCCGCAGAGCUCCACCACCACCACCAAGCACCAUGGGAGAUGCCGGGAGCAAGCGCAGCAAAGCGCCCAGUCUGCCGCCUCUCUGUCCCUGCGGCUUCUGGGCAUCCAGCAAGACUAUGAACCUCUGUUCCAAAUGCUUUGCUGAUUUUCAAAAGAAACAACCAGACGAUGAUUCUGCCCCAAAUACAACUAACAGCCGAUCAGAUUUGUUUUCCGAAGAGCCCACCAGUGACAACAGCAAUACCUCAAUAACCACGCCAACCCUUAGUCCCAGCCAGCAGCCGCUUCUGACAGAACUGAAUGUCACUUCACCAAGUAAAGAGGAGUGUGGGCCAUGCACAGAUACAGCUCAUGUCUCGUUAAUCACACCAACCAAAAGAUCCUGUGGUACAGAUUCACAGUCUGAGAAUGAGGCUGCGCCAGUAAAAUGUCCAUGACUACUGAAGAAUACUGAACGAUCCGAGGAAACCAGCCGAUCUAAACAGAAAAGCUGACAUGGGUGCUUCCAGUGCCAAACCAAACUGGAGCUGGUGCAGCAGGAACUGGGAUCGUGCCGCUGCGGUUACGUGUUCUAUAUGUUGCAUCGCCUCCCUGAGCAGCAUGACUGUACAUUUGACCACAUGGGCCGCGGCCAAGAGGAAGCCACUGUGAAAAUGGUGAAACUGAACCGGAAAGUGGGGCACUCUUGCCAGCACAUCAGGGAAGGGUGCUCCUGAAGGCCAGCUUGGCCGCUACGUGAUGCUGUUCUUAGUUCACUAAUGUUAGCCUUAUUUAGGACAAAGUCAGUCAGUCACCUUGUACUGGGCACGUGUCAGACUACAGCCAGUCAGUUUCCUUUCCUUAGCCAGCCAUCCUGGUACUGUAGUUUAGGGGUUGAUGGUGGUUGAAAUUGAUUUCUGGCUGGUUACUAAGGUGCCUGCUAGCAAUUGUAUAAAAUUAAAACAUGAAGAAUACUUUUUUUUGGAGCAUGGCUAGUGGAUUUAAAACAACACAUACCUGUCACUGCUGGAGUCAAACUUACAAAAAGCCUUAAGUAGAAAGUGUUCCAGACGGAGACUCUGAGUCAAUAGAGGAGAAGCUGGUGUUCAAGUCCCCACGAUGCACAUGGCUUUGCCGGAAGCUCUGGUUAGUGUUCAGCCUUGACCUCUUCACUAUCCUUAGUCCCAGUAUCCAGGAUACCUGAUGGCCACACAUGCCCGGGCCACGGGAGGCUGUUGAGAUUGGCCCGGUGGCUGGGCUGGGUGGUGGCCCUGCUCUCCCACUGAGCAGGAAAUGGGGGUGGGGACAGGUUAAGAAAAUUUACCUGACUUGCUAUGA